AUCCGGAAUACGCUCAUCGAUUGGUUUUUCGCGUCGGCCCAGGUUACGUGCCUCGUGGAUCACGUUAUGUCCGAGUUUUCAUAUCGUUGACGGGUCGCUGCUCGUGUAAGGUUCGUCUAAUCGAGACCCUCGGGACUUUCUUUAUCAGGGAAUCUCAAACGACGAGACAACCGGCAACCGUACGAUUACUGGUUCACGUAAUUUGCAUACCGCUCUUGAUCUUGGGCACAGUUUGAAGUAUAGUGCUUGAAAAUCCAUGAUGGCGGACGUUAAAAGAUCGCGCUAGUGUAUGCCCUCACGUAAGAGAGACCAGCGCGUAUCUGUGUUUUUGUUUCGGCCUCACCGAAACCACACAGUUACAUUCAGAUUUUUUUUUAUCUGAAUUGUCCCGAGUACGAUCAAUACUGUUGGUAUUGGCAGCGUACUUAUUCGAGACGAAUAAGUAGUAAAAUUCUCUCGGGCCAUUCUUGUUCGCGUAACAUUUUUUUAUGGUGGCCGUGAUCAUGCAAGCACAGCAACAGCCGCAGCAGCCGCAGCAACAGAACCAUCAACAAAUUGCUGGUACCAGUGUCAUCCUCAAGAUGAACGAGAUACAGCAACUUUCGACAGUUGGGCUGCUGGAGCUUGCUCACAGGGAGUAUCAAGCAGGGGACUAUGAGAAUGCCGAACGACACUGCAUGCAGCUGUGGAGGCAGGAGACAAACAACACGGGGGUCCUCCUGUUGUUGUCUUCGAUUCAUUUUCAGUGUAGGAGGCUGGAAAAAUCAGCUCAUUACAGUAGCAUGGCAAUAAAGCAAAAUCCUUUGCUAGCAGAGGCUUACAGCAACCUUGGUAACGUGUACAAGGAGCGCGGUCAACUGCAGGAGGCAUUGGAAAAUUAUCGACACGCCGUUAGGUUGAAGCCAGACUUUAUCGAUGGUUACAUUAACUUAGCAGCCGCAUUGGUUGCUGCAGGAGAUAUGGAACAAGCGGUUCAAGCAUACGUGACUGCUCUACAGUACAACCCUGAUCUCUAUUGCGUGAGGAGCGAUCUCGGUAAUCUUUUGAAAGCAUUAGCAAGACUUGACGAAGCCAAGGCAUGCUAUCUAAAGGCGAUCGAAACGCGGCCGGACUUCGCGGUCGCUUGGAGCAAUCUUGGCUGCGUGUUCAACGCCCAGGGCGAGAUAUGGCUGGCGAUCCAUCAUUUCGAGAAGGCGGUCGCGCUCGACCCCAACUUCUUGGACGCGUACAUCAACCUUGGCAACGUUCUCAAAGAGGCCAGGAUCUUCGAUAGAGCUGUAGCAGCCUACUUGCGCGCUUUGAAUCUCAGCCCCAACAAUGCGGUGGUUCAUGGAAAUUUGGCGUGCGUUUACUAUGAGCAAGGGCUCAUCGAUCUGGCGAUUGACACGUAUCGCCGUGCCAUCGAGUUACAACCGAACUUCCCAGAUGCCUAUUGUAAUCUGGCGAACGCGCUCAAAGAGAAAGGGCAAGUGGUUGAAGCCGAGGAUUGCUACAACACCGCCCUUCGUUUGUGUCCUUCGCACGCCGAUUCCCUUAAUAAUCUGGCCAACAUAAAGAGGGAACAAGGAUACAUCGAAGAAGCAACACGACUGUAUUUGAAAGCGCUUGAAGUAUUCCCUGAGUUUGCAGCAGCUCAUAGCAAUCUCGCUUCCGUAUUACAACAGCAAGGAAAGCUAAACGAAGCACUGAUGCAUUACAAGGAGGCUAUUCGUAUUCAGCCGACUUUCGCGGAUGCUUACUCGAAUAUGGGCAAUACACUGAAGGAAAUGCAAGAUAUACAAGGAGCUCUUCAAUGUUACACGAGGGCUAUUCAAAUUAAUCCCGCUUUCGCCGAUGCUCAUUCCAAUUUAGCCUCGAUCCACAAAGACUCCGGGAACAUUCCUGAGGCGAUUCAAUCGUACAGAACUGCUCUGAAAUUGAAGCCCGAUUUCCCGGACGCGUAUUGCAAUUUGGCGCACUGUCUGCAGAUAGUGUGCGAUUGGACCGAUUACGAGGCUAGAAUGAAGAAACUGGUUUCCAUCGUGGCGGAGCAACUGGAUAAGAACAGGCUGCCCAGCGUGCAUCCGCAUCAUUCUAUGCUGUAUCCACUAUCGCAUGAAUUCAGGAAAGCCAUCGCUGCUAGACACGCCAAUCUGUGUAUUGAAAAGAUUCACGUUCUGCACAAACAGCCAUACAAAUAUCCUCGCGAGAUUGGUACCCGAUUGAGAAUCGGCUACGUUUCAUCAGACUUUGGAAAUCAUCCCACUAGUCAUCUAAUGCAAUCGAUCCCAGGACUUCAUGAUCGGCAGAGCGUUGAAAUAUUCUGCUACGCGCUAAGUUCCGACGAUGGGACAACUUUCCGAGCAAAGAUCGCGAGAGAAGCCGAACACUUCAUUGAUCUUUCACAGAUUCCGUGCAAUGGAAAAGCUGCCGACCGUAUUAACGCGGAUGGCAUACAUAUUCUAGUUAAUAUGAACGGAUACACAAAAGGCGCCAGAAACGAGAUAUUCGCUUUGCGACCGGCACCGAUCCAAGUGAUGUGGCUUGGUUAUCCGGGAACGUCGGGCGCGAGUUUUAUGGAUUAUUUAAUUACGGACGAAGUUACAUCGCCGUUGGAGCUUGCUAGUCAGUACAGCGAGAAGCUUGCGUAUAUGCCGCACACCUACUUUAUUGGUGAUCACAAGCAAAUGUUCCCGCAUCUCAAGGAACGCCUUAUUUUAACGGAUAAAUUAAAUAUGAAAGGUAAAGUGGCGGAUAACGUAGCCGUUAUAAAUGCUACCGAUCUGUCACCGAUGAUCGAGAACACUUUGGUGAAAGAAAUCCGUGAAGUAAUUGUACCUGAUUCCAAAAAUAAGCCUGUUGAAAUAUCGUUGAAAGUCGCGGAAUUGCCAACGACUACUCCCAUCGAAACGAUGAUCGCUUCCGGCCAGUGUCAGAUGUCUGUUAACGGCGUUGUAGUUCAGAAUGGCAUGACCACCACGCAAGUGAACAAUAAAACAGCAACGGGUGAAGAAGUGCCUCAGAACAUCGUGAUCACGACGAGACAACAAUACGGUUUACCAGAGGACGCGGUUGUUUACUGUAACUUUAAUCAGCUGUACAAAAUUGACCCACUCACGCUUCACAUGUGGGCACAUAUUCUGAAACACGUCCCAAAUUCGGUGCUAUGGCUGUUACGUUUCCCAGCCGUUGGCGAGCCAAAUUUACAAGCGACUGCUCAACAGUUAGGUUUAGCUCCCGGCAGAAUUUUGUUCAGCAAUGUUGCAGCAAAAGAGGAGCACGUCAGACGAGGACAGCUAGCUGAUGUAUGUUUGGAUACGCCGCUUUGCAAUGGUCAUACCACUAGUAUGGAUGUUUUGUGGACUGGAACUCCCGUGGUUACACUGCCAGGAGAGACAUUAGCAUCGCGUGUUGCUGCCAGCCAAUUGAAUACCUUAGGAUGCCCUGAAUUGGUAGCGCGAACGCGACAAGAGUAUCAAGAUAUUGCAAUUCGUUUAGGAACAGAUAGGGAAUACUUGAAAGCAAUAAGAGCCAAGGUAUGGAAAGCCAGGUCCGAGAGUCCUUUGUUCAGCUGCAAAUUGUAUGCGUUGGGUAUGGAAAUGUUAUACAGAAAAAUGUGGGAACGUUAUGCACGAGGUGAAAAGCCUGACCACGUAGCGGCUGUAGAUAAAAACGAGAGAGAAAAGAUAACGACCAUGUCCUUAUCACCGUGAAUCGAUCAUCGCUGCUCCCUACGUUUUAAUUUAUAUAUACACACAGCUUUAAUUCCGUAACCAUCUGUUUUCUGGGGACUUAGCAUUUAUAUAAUGACAGAUGAUUAUCGACAUCCUAUUUCACCCGAGAUACGAUUUUCGUAUAAGAUUCCGUACUGCGUUGGUAAUUACUGUUUUGUACGAUAAAAUCAUCGAGCUUAGACUUACACGUAGAGAAAUACUAACCGUCGGUACCACGAAAGUUCUACUUAAGUACGUGACGUAUGAAAGCAAAUUAUGGAUUGUUAAAAACCAUAUGAGUCAUAAGAACACAAUUACGCCCGCUUCCUAUGUUGUGUAUCACACUUGUACAUCAUUCAGCUUGUUAUUUAUAUAUUACAAUUUUCAUAUGACUGUCUCGACUUAUCUAUAAAAAGACACACAACUGUGGUGUGCCCAUCAUUCAGUGGUUAGCUUGUCGCAAGGUCAACGGAUAGGGAUUAUUAAGUAAUUUUAUGUAAAAGGUGCACAAGCAUACGUGUAUAGUGACGGGGUUGCUAUCACCAAUUAAUUUUAUAACAUAUAGCCGACAUUACAGUUUCGAUUCGAAUGUUUAUUUCAUUUCGAAGAUACUGGACACGUGACUUCUGAACAAUGUUAAGAAACUACGAGGAUAAUUUUCUAAUUGCUCUUCGUAGAAAUUGUACGCUAAGUUAUUCGUGGUUUGUUACGAAUACGAUUGACUCGUAAACAAAAAAAGAAAAGAAAAGAAAAGAAUGAUAUACUUAGGGAGAAGUCGGAAGUAGGUUCUACGCGUCAAGAUGUUAAUUAAUUAGCAACUACUGACAACAAAGAACGCAAGUUGUAUUAUAUACAAUCGGUUAAUGAUACGCCUGUAAAUAUUUAAAGAAAGAAAAGGUAAACGUUAGUUAUUAUAUUAGUUUGAUAGUGAACUGCGUAAAUUAAGAACGAGAUAUGAAUUGCGUGAGGUAGCGAGGUGUUGACUGUAGCGAAACUCCUAAUGUACGUCUAUAGAAUAAAAACAGUUACGAAUCUAAUUUGAACGAAUGUGGACAUAGUGUCGUUAAGAUGCUUCGAUGAACACGAUAGGUACGUAAUGUUCCUUUUUGUUUUUGUUUAUCAAACUAUUUACUCGGUCUUUCGAUGUAGAGUCCGUACGUCAACUUCAGAUCGCAUAUAGGUAAACGGAUAAAAAUAUUGAAUUCAAUCUUUGUUUUUUCUGUGAUUGUCUUUUGUUUUGCGUGCGACGAUUGAAACUUGAAUUUUAGUUUGCGGUGAGCUCCGUGUCGUAAUCCAUAAUAACAUUUCAAACGAUUAGGAAAGCCGUGUGAUAUCCUAUUAAAUUUUCUGUAUAUGUGACCUCAUCCGCCCACUGUAUAUUAUCAACAUUGCACGUUCUCGAUAACGAGUAACUGUCCCAUUACGCACAAUUUACGUCGCAGAUACAGAUGUAACGUAGCUUUUAAACAAAACCCUCGUUCCCUACUUUCUGUUUCUGGUAUGCCAGUAGAAACAAGUGUAUCGGACAAAUGGGAGAUUAGCGAACGACUAGACUGGCGUACAAUUCGAAUUCUGAACAUUAGGUAAUGAUUUUUAUAAUUCAUUGGAGAAUAUGAUUAUUCGUUUUGUAAAGGUAUAUCAUCAAACACGAAAGACGAUUUUAAUAAUUACGAAUUGAAACGAGAUGUGACGAAGUUCUUUGCAAUUUAUGCUCAACAAUGUGUUAUAAAUAUAGGCGAUGAAGAUUUCAACAAGAUAUUUUUAAUAUUGAAAAGAAGUCUACAAAUUAUUGCUAAAAAUCAUUUUUCAAGGCGAUUGUGACUUUCAGUUUUAUCUUGGUCGAGAAUAAAUAGUUUGUACCUUAUUCUGCCCAUUCGAU